GCAGUAACACACACACGCGCGCACACACUCCCUCAGAGAGCCGGACAGCAGCUCGCGGCCCCGGCAGCCCGCCAGCGCGAACCCCGGCCUCCAGGCGCCACAGCCCGCGGUGACGGUGGAGCUUCCGCCGCUGGACCUGAGCGACAUGGGAGACAUGGGGGAUCCGCCGAAGAAGAAGCGCCUGGUGUCUCUGUGCGUGGGAUGCGGGAACCAGAUCCACGACCAGUACAUUCUGCGGGUCUCCCCAGACCUGGAGUGGCACGCCGCGUGCCUGAAAUGCGCGGAGUGCAGCCAGUACCUGGACGAGUCGUGCACGUGCUUCGUGCGGGACGGGAAAACGUACUGUAAACGAGACUACAUCAGGUUAUACGGCAUUAAAUGCGCCAAAUGCAACAUCGGCUUCAGCAAAAACGACUUUGUGAUGCGAGCGCGCUCCAAGGUCUACCACAUCGAGUGUUUCCGCUGCGUGGCCUGCAGCCGCCAGCUCAUCCCGGGGGACGAAUUCGCUCUGCGGGAGGACGGGCUCUUCUGCCGGGCCGACCACGACGUGGUGGAGCGGGCCAGCCUCGGCACCGGAGACCCGCUCAGCCCGCUGCACCCCGCCAGGCCGCUGCAGAUGGCAGCAGAGCCCAUCUCCGCGCGCCAGCCCGCGCUGCGGCCUCACGUGCACAAGCAGCCGGAGAAGACCACGCGGGUCCGGACGGUGCUGAACGAGAAGCAGCUGCACACGCUGCGGACCUGCUACAACGCCAACCCGCGGCCCGACGCGCUCAUGAAGGAGCAGCUGGUGGAGAUGACCGGGCUGAGCCCGCGCGUCAUCCGGGUCUGGUUCCAGAACAAGCGCUGUAAGGACAAGAAGAGGAGCCUGCUGAUGAAGCAGCUGCAGCAGCAGCAGCCCAACGACAAGACGAACAUCCAGGGCAUGACGGGAACGCCGAUGGUGGCGGCCAGUCCGGAGCGGCACGACGGCGGCAUCCAGGCCAACCCGGUGGAGGUGCAGAGCUACCAGCCCCCCUGGAAAGUCCUCAGCGACUUCGCCCUUCAGAGCGACAUCGACCAGCCGGCGUUUCAGCAACUGGUGAGCUUCUCGGAGGGAGGACCAGGCUCCAACUCCACCGGCAGCGAGGUGGCCUCCAUGUCUUCUCAGCUUCCAGACACGCCGAACAGCAUGGUGUCCAGCCCCAUCGAGGCCUGAGGCGCAGGCGCCGGCUGCCCGCGGCGCGCGCCCGCGACCACCCCCCUUCCGACAGCACCAAACAACCCGCUGGUUGUAUCUGACACUGUGAAGACAAUCAUGGGACUCCGCCGCAGCCGCCCGUCCUCACGCUCUCCAGAACGUGUGCGGGCUCACGCGCCGCCCUGAGAACUCUGCGCGCGCUGGCGCCUGGUUGCAGUUGCCAAAAAAAGCAAAGAACUCUUCACCGAAAAAGGUGGAUCUGCAGACAAAUGCGGACCACGAAAUGCUCCCAGAGUUUGAACUUGUGAAGGAGAACGUCUCCAAGAGAACGCCUGAAAGAAAAAGUCUGCACAAGAAUUUCUGCGGAAGGACAUUUGCAGGAGAACGUCAUGGAGAAUAUCUGUGGGAGGAAAUCUGCGAGGGAACGUCUGCUUGGAAAAUGCCUGCAGGAUAAUGUCUGCAGGAGAACGCCUGCAGGAGAACUUCUGAGUCUCUUCAUUUCCUUGGUUUCCUUCAUGACCCCAGACUAAACGGCAUUUGCAACAAGCUUACCUCUGUUCUGACACACGCUGGUGGGACGUUUGUGACUUUGUGUCCGUCGACUGAAAGGUGAUUUUUUUUUUCUUUCCCCAAAGACGUGUAAAUUAUUGACGAGUUAGUUCUGGAGAAAACGUAUUGUUUGUUCCUGUGCAACAGAAUUAUUUAUUAUUUAUUGUCGAUAAAAUUGCCACCUUUUGUGUAACUUUCGUAACUGAAGUAAAAAUGAAGAAAA